AUGGAUUCAAUUUGGCGGACAUUAAAUUUUAAUUUAAAUAAUCGCUUCCAUUUCCAUUUCUCAUUGUGGUGUAAUGUCAACAAUACUGAAGAUAUCCAAACAAAAAUACAUUCAAAACAAUUUCCCACCCUUACAAACGCUGCCAUUGUGUUAAUUGAUAGUGAUGUCAUCAUCGAUAUAGUUCAGAUAGAGGCCGCUAUUACCCAAGCUUUAAUCCAUUAUAACGAUGAAUCUUCGGGUGGAAUGUAUACACGAGGGUUGGCUACCGAGAUUCUAUAUUGCCUUAGCCCAAACCGAUCGAUUACUCAUGCACUGGAUACAUUUGGGAUUAAAGCAUCUACCAAAGAACUGAUUAUAGGGAUAAUUUAUUCCACAGAUUUUUAUCAACCAAAUGAUCCAGUUUUACAAAGUUACUUAUCACAAAUUGUAAAUACAAUUCAAGGUACAAUAAAUACUGGUUCAUUGACACAGUUGGUCAAGAACACUGAUAAAGUUUGUCAAGAAUAUGGAAUAACAAACUUAGAACGAAGUUUAAUCAAUAAGUCCGAUGAUCCUCAUAGAUCUUUACUUGAGAGUAUCUUAAGUCGCAUGGCAUCAAGGGAUCUUUUCAGAUCUUGA